AGGAACGUACUUCCUCUCCAGAUGGACUUUUAGUUUGAAAGUCGAUUGUCGUCAUCGCCAAGACGUCUCUUACGCUCUAUGUCGUAGCUGUUUGACGGUAUGUGGAAAGUAGCAAUGUCGGAGGAGGUUGUGACUGCGCUACAGUCGGUGGUGGAGAGGGUGAAUCAGGCGGCGGCACGGCGGCCUAAGACACUGCCAGCUGUGUCGCCCCGCCUCGUAGCUGUCAGCAAGACAAAGCCCCCAGACAUGGUUGUGGUGGCCUACAGACAAGGACAGCGUAACUUCGGAGAAAAUUAUGUCAAUGAACUUGUGGACAAAGCGUCAGAUCCUCUGAUUUUGAACUCAUGUCCAGAAAUCAAGUGGCACUUUAUAGGUCACCUACAGAAGAAUAAUGUCAACAAACUUUUGGGCGUCCCAAACCUGUUCCUUGUGGAGACCGUGGACUCGGUGAAACUGGCUGACAGGGUCAACAGCUCAUGGCAGCGCAUCAGAGGAGCCAGCACACAGAGGUUAAAGGUCAUGUUGCAGAUCAACACCAGCGGAGAACAGAGUAAACAUGGCCUGCCACCAGAACACACAGUGGAGACGGUGAAGCAUAUUGUGUCCCAGUGCUCCGCCCUCCAAUUCUCAGGACUCAUGACCAUCGGACGCUAUGGCUACGACCUCACCCAGGGCCCCAACCCGGACUUUCAGAUGCUGCUGAGUCGGAGACAGGAGUUGUGUGACAGUCUGAAGCUGCCUCUGGAGGAGGUGGAACUCAGCAUGGGUAUGUCCACAGAUUUUGAACACGCGAUUGAAGUGGGCGCCACCAACGUGCGAGUGGGUAGUAUUAUAUUCGGCAACAGGGAGUAUCCGAACAGUGCAGCCAACACUCCAAAUCCCAGUCCGGCUCCCAGUCCGGCCCCCAGUCCAGCUCCCAGCCCUGAGAAAACAUCCAAGAUGGUGUCAGAAGAGGCUGCCAAGAAGAUGCAGCACCUCAGUGUGUCAGGACACUAAGAGCUUCUCCUCUUCUCACAUACCUUUAAUAAAAGUAAAGAAAACAACACUUGACAUGCAAACUGAACAGAGCUAUGAAGCUGUUCAUUUCCAGAGCCAAGUGGAGCUAGGAUUGCAAAAUUCUUGCCUGAUUUUAAAGUGUAUUUGCUUAAUGCUCUUCACUUUUUGUGUGCCCUUCUUGCUCUUUUAAGCAUUAAAAAGUGGCAUUCAGUACAGAACUAGUAAUACCUUUUCUUUUAAAGUUGUGUAGUACUAACCUGUAGUGCUCUGACUUCUUCUUCACAGAAAGCUCUCCUACAAGAUUACUGGAUGAAAGGCAAAACUGCUGAAAAUGAUUUUACGACUUAGUGAAGAUUUUGUUUGGAUUUGUUGUGCAGAUGUGAUAUUUUCUACCUUUCCAAUCCAACAUGUGACAGUGCUGAAAUGUGGUUGACUGUGUACAGUGUCCCACACAGUACAGUGUUCCAUUUUUGUUGUACAUUUGAAGCAAAGACUCAAUUUAUUAAUAAAUUUAUCCCUUUAUAAUAACACAUA